AUGGCAGACUCAAUCCCCAACCCACACCCCAGCCCGGCCGAAGAAUACGACGAAAUCCCGUUUCCUAUAUUUACACCUCCUGCAAAUAGCAGCAGGAACAGUCUUGAGCGUGAAGUAACGGUGGAUGCGAACCAGUACGAGGCGGGGCUGCACGAGCCCGAGCCCGAGCCCGCGCCUGCGCCUGCGCCCACACCAGAGCCUCCAGUCGAGCAUCGAAUCCGGUCGCCGCGUGUGCGCUUCGAAUCGAUCCGACGCUCAAUCAGCAAUAGAUAUCACCCUGAUCCUCAAAUCGACCGCCGCAUCAUUUCCGAUCAGUCUGCUGUACCUCUGCUGCCAUCCACGGAGCUAAGCGAAAUCCCCUUGGCUGGCUCCGGAACCAUCACCCCGCCGGCCCCCGCAUACGCGCGCAGCGGACUCGGUACUAGUACCACGCCAGAGGAAUGGCCAUCUCGCGACUCAGCUGCCGAUCCGGAAAAGCAUGGACACCAAGGAUUCAUGGAGCGGACUACCUCCGCUCGCAAUCGAUUCCUUCAUGCCGGUCAGAUUAUUCGACAAAAGACGCACCAGCUAGGUGAGCGUCUCGGUCGGCCUGAGGAUGAAGGAGAGCCUCUCAACGCAUCAGUUCUCCCAGAUGACUUCGAAGGGGGAAUUCUCAUGGAGGAGCUUCAAGCACGACGAGCUCGCCAUGAAUCCGACCGUCUGCAACCCAUCGAAACUGGCGAGACUCUGGUUGAGCCCGCGCCUGGUGCGGAGGCUCAUCGCCUGGUGCGCAGCAUGACCCAGGUGCAGGAAAAGCUGAGGCGCAAGCCGCAAAGUGCCUACCAGCGAUCUGGAACAACUACACCCGAGGGCAUCAUUCGAGACUUUGCAAGCCGCCGUCGAUCCAGUGGCCUUGCUGGCGGCAGCGGCAUCUUGUCCCAGUUGCUGAAGCUGCAAGCGAGCCAGACAGCGGGCUCGCGCCCUGAGAGUGUCAUCACCGAUGACUCGGAUAGUGACACUCAAGUCUCUUCGGGUGCGACCACCCCAAAGAAGGGUGAUUCGCUCUCUCCUUCCAUGCCCACUUCUGGGGCUGUCACUCCUCGCAAGGAAAAGCUCAAGUGGUACAAGAAAUCUGCCCACCGCUCCACCUCAUCAUUGAUCGAUGCUUCUCUGAACCUGAGCAGUGCUAGCCUUCCAGCCGCCACCGAGGCUGUCCAGGGCGGCAGGCGACGCAGGAAGGGCAAGCGCAAGACUCGUCUGGAGGACGAGAUUCGCGUUACUGUUCACAUUGCCGAGAUUAUUGCCCGUCAGCGUUACAUCAUGCAGCUGUGCCGUGCGCUAAUGCGGUAUGGUGCUCCCACCCACCGGCUCGAGGAGUACAUGCAAAUGACUGCCCGUGUCCUUGAGGUGUCGGGUCAAUUUCUGUAUCUGCCCGGCUGUAUGAUCAUGUCUUUUGAUGAUUUGGCCACUCGUACCGCCGAGGUAAAACUCGUGCGCAUGGUACAAGGUGUUGAUCUCGGUCGGCUCGCCGACACCCACAAUGUUUACAAAAACGUCGUGCACGAUCUGAUUGGUGUCGAAGAGGCGACCCAAGAGCUCGACGAGAUUAUGUCUCGCAAGCCGCGCUUCAACAAGUGGAUUAUUGUUCUCAUGUACGGCUUUGCCAGUGCUACUGUCGGGCCUUUCGCUUUUGAAGCCCGCCCUAUCGAUAUGCCGGUCAUUUUCCUUCUCGGUUGCUUGGUUGGGUUUAUGCAACACAUCUUGGCGCCACGCUCCGUUCUCUACUCCAAUGUCUUUGAAGUCACGGCUGCUGUUUUGACCUCGUUUCUGGCUCGCGCUCUGGGCAGUAUUCGCCACAAUGGUGAAACCAUUUUCUGCUUCUCGGCUCUCGCGCAAUCAUCAAUCGCUCUCAUUCUUCCCGGCUUUAUGGUACUUUGUAGCAGUCUGGAACUGCAAUCGCACCAAAUGAUCGCCGGAUCAAUUCGAAUGGUUUACGCCAUUAUCUACUCUCUCUUCCUCGGUUACGGUAUCACCGUUGGUACCACUAUUUACGGCCUUAUCGAUGGUAACGCCACCAAUGCUUCCUCAUGUUCCAACUUGGAUAUUUGGGGAUCCGUUUACACUCGUGAAUUCCCCUUUGUCGCCAUAUACGCCGUCUUCCUUGCGAUUGUCAACCACGGAAAAUGGAAACAGAUGCCGGUCAUGGUUUUCAUCGCCGUGUCCGGCUACAUCUCAAAUUACUUCUCUCAGUCCAAACUGGGCACCCAGUCCGAAGUCGCCAACACCGUGGGCGCCUUUACCAUCGGUGUCCUCGGCAACCUGUACAGUCGCCUGUGGCGCGGUCAUGCCGCUACGGCCAUUCUCCCAGGUAUAUUUGUACUCGUUCCCUCUGGUCUCGCCUCCAGUGGCUCCCUAAUAGCUGGACUGCAAUACGCCAACGAGGUACGACAGAACCUCAAGAGCUCCGGCAACAGCACAUCCACCAGCGUCCUAUCUGAAACAUCGGUGGGCAGUCUUGGUCUCGGCAUGAUCCAGGUCGCCAUCGGUAUCACCGUCGGCUUGUUUAUUGCCGCCCUUAUCGUCUACCCAUACGGUAAGAAGCGGACUGGUCUGUUCAGCUUCUAA